GGUAUCAUUAAAGCGAUUGCCAAAAGCAAUGAUUACGGCGAUGGUCCAAUUCAAUACCCGCUGUAGUUCGGUGGUACAUCCUCAGCCAUGGCUGCCCUCUUCUCUCACCCGCUGGAUCUGGGUUCGGCUACAAGCACAACAUCACAAGGGAGCACUCGACAUGGCCGAAACCUUCAAGCAUGUCUAUUCUAGCGAAGGCGUAGCUGGCUUGUAUCGUGGCAUCUCGGCAUCCAUCCUACGUCAACUCACCUACUCAACUGCGCGCUUCGCAACCUACGAAAAACUCAAAUACAUGGCCGAGGACGAUGGCAUUAAAGCUCCACACACCCUUCUUGUCGGACUCGCAGCCAUAUCUGGACUUGUGGGUAGUGUUGUUGGAAACCCAGCCGACAUUCUGAAUGUCCGAAUGCAGAACGAUGCUGCUUUGCCGCCUGCAGAGCGCCGCAACUACGGAAACGCGAUUCAUGGGUUCAUCACCAUCGUACGUGAGGAAGGGUGGAAGCAGAGUGUUUUCAGAGGCAUGGUGCCCAACCUUGGAAGAGGAGUGUUGAUGACUGCUGGGCAGCUGGCUGGAUACGACGUGUUCAAGAUGGAGAUUCUGGCUCAAACCGAGAUGCACGAUGGCACAAUGACGCAUAUCGCAGCCAGUACUCUCGCAGGUCUGGUUGCGACGACACUUUGCAAUCCCUUCGAUGUGUUGAAGACGCGAAUCAUGGCUAAAGACGAACGCCUCGGCAUGUGGAAUACCAUCAAGGCAGUGCACAAGCUGGAGGGACCAGCAUGGAUGUUCCGUGGA